CGAUCGGUGCCUGGCACAAAGCUUGGAAGAAAUGAAACGCUCGAUGAGCACUGGUUCACCACCCCUACUUGUGCCAGGCCACCCGAGAUGCGGAUGGCCGCCACCACCCUGGUUUCUUCUGUCCUCGACUCUCUGAUUCUCGGGAGGAGGCCUACUGCUGCCACCUGCAGUCUAAAAGGGGCUCUUGCUGCACCCGCGCUGAAUUUGAGGCCCUGUAUCAGGUCAACCUAUCGGCUGUUCCACCCCUACGCAUCCUCAGGGGCCCAGGCUCUCUCCUAGCUCUGGGCCUCUAUAGCCUACUGCUGGUGGCCCUGGUGAUUGCGGACUUCUUGCACUUCUACCGCCAUCGCUGGCAGGGCCGAAGCGAACUCCGCCACAGGCCCCGCCCUUCGUCCUCCACCGCGCGCCCCCUGCAGGUCCCAGCGGGAAUAGACUAGGAGCUCCAGGGACGCCUCUACACCGGCGGGCGGGCCUGGACCGCUCUCCCCUUGGCUCCACCCCUUCCUCUGCUCGCCCAGCUCUGACGCGAAGGGGCGUGGCAUCCCGCGUGCGUUUUCCCCCGGCCCAGUGUAGCCUCCACCGCAGACGCUGCGCCUGCGCGAGUCUGGGGUUUCGGCACCGUGAUGACUGCCAGCUCCGCGGAGCAGCUACGCCAGGAGGGCAAUGAGCUGUUCAAAUGCGGAGACUACGAGGGUGCCCUGACGGCCUACACCCAGGCUCUGGGUCUGGGAGCCACGCCCCAGGACCAGGCCGUCCUGCACCGGAACCGGGCCGCCUGCCACCUCAAGCUGGAAGAGUAUGAGAAAGCAGAAACGGAGGCAUCCAAAGCCAUUGACACGGACGGUGGUGAUGUCAAAGCGCUUUACCGGAGGAGUCAAGCCCUAGAGAAGCUGGGCCGCCUGGACCAGGCUGUCCUUGACCUGCAGAGAUGUGUGAGCCUGGAGCCCAAGAGCAAAGUUUUCCAGGAGGCCUUGCGGAACAUUGGGGGCCAGAUUCAGGAGAAGGUGCGAUACAUGUCCUCAACAGAUGCCAAGGUGGAGCAGAUGUUCCAGAUACUGCUGGACCCAGAAGAGAAAGGCACUGAGAAGAAGCAGAAGGCUUCUCAGAACCUGGUGGUGCUGGCGCGGGAGGAUGCUGGAGCUGAGAAGAUCUUCCGGAACAAUGGGGUUCAGCUCUUACAGCGCCUGCUGGACACAGGAGAGACGGACCUCAUGCUGGCGGCCCUGCGCACGCUGGUCGGCAUUUGCUCUGAGCACCAGUCUCGGACAGUGGCCACCCUGAGCGUGCUGGGAACUCGGUGCGUGGUAUCCAUCCUAGGCGUGGAAAACCAGGCUGUGUCCCUGGCUGCCUGCCACCUGCUGCAGGUGAUGUUUGAUGCCCUCAAGGAAGGCGUCAAGAAGGGCUUCCGAGGCAAAGAGGGUGCCAUCAUUGUGGAGCCUGGCCGGGAGCUGAAGGUCCUCAUCAGUAACCUCCUGGAGCUGUUAACUGAGGUGGGCGUCUCUGGCCAGGGCCGAGACAAUGCCCUGACCCUCUUGAUCAAAACGGUGCCCCGGAAAUCUCCUAAGGACCCUGACAACAGCCUCACCCUCUGGGUCAUUGACCAAGGUCUGAAAAAGAUCCUGCAGGUGGGGGGCUCACUGCAGGACCCCACCGGGGAGCUUGAGGUGACAGCAAACAGCCGCAUGAGCGCCUCCAUUCUCCUCAGCAAGCUCUUUGAUGACCUGAAGUGUGAUGCUGAGCGGGAAAAUUUCCACCGACUCUGUGAGAACUACAUCAAGAGCUGGUUUGAAGGCCAAGGGCUGGCUGGGAAGCUUCGGGCCAUCCAGACGGUCUCCUGCCUCCUACAGGGCCCGUGUGAUGCUGGCAACCGGGCCCUGGAGCUGAGUGGUGUCAUGGAGAGCGUGAUUGCCCUGUGCGCCUCUGAGCAGGAGGAGCAGCAGCUGGUAGCUGUGGAGGCGCUGAUCUACGCAGCUGGCAAGGCCAAGCGAGCCUCAUUUAUCACCGCCAACGGCGUCUCACUGCUGAAAGACCUAUACAAGCGUAGUGAGAAGGACAGCAUCCGUAUCCGGGCACUAGUGGGUCUCUGCAAGCUCGGCUCAGCUGGAGGGACUGACUUUAGCAUGAAGCAGUUUGCAGAAGGCUCCACUCUCAAGCUGGCCAAGCAGUGUCGGAAGUGGCUCUGCAAUGACCAGAUCGAUGCAGGCACACGGCGCUGGGCUGUGGAGGGCCUGGCUUACCUUACCUUUGACGCUGACGUGAAGGAAGAGUUUGUGGAGGACGGGGCCGCUCUAAAGGCUCUCUUCCAGCUCAGCAGGUCUGAGGAGAGAUCUGUGCUCUUUGCGGUGGCCUCAGCCCUAGUCAACUGCACUAACAGCUACGACUACGAAGAACCUGACCCCAAGAUGGUAGAGCUGGCCAAGUACGCCAAACAGCACGUGCCUGAGCAGCACCCCAAGGACAAGCCCAGCUUCGUGAGGGCACGGGUGAAGAAGCUGCUGGCGGCUGGUGUGGUGUCAGCCAUGACAUGCAUGGCAAAGACUGAGAGCCCUGUGCUGACCAAUUCCUGCCGAGAGCUGCUCUCCAGGGUCUUCCUGGCUCUGGUGGAGGAGGUGGAGGACCGGGGCAUUGUGGUGGCUCAGGGCGGGGGCAAGGCACUGAUCCCACUGGCCCUGGAAGGCACUGAUGUGGGACAGACCAAGGCUGCCCAGGCCCUCGCCAGGCUCACCAUCACCUCCAACCCAGAGAUGACCUUCCCUGGCGAGCGGAUCUAUGAGGUGGUCCGGCCCCUCGUCUCCCUGCUGCACCUCGACCGCUCAGGACUACAGAACUUUGAGGCACUCAUGGCCCUAACAAACCUGGCCGGGAUCAGCGAGAGGCUUCGGCAGAAGAUCCUGAAGGAGAAGGCUGUAGCCAUGAUCGAGGGCUACAUGUUCGAGGAGCAUGAGAUGCUCCGCCGGGCAGCCACGGAGUGCAUGUGUAACCUGGCCAUGAGCAAGGAGGUACAGGAUCUCUUUGAAGCAGAGGGCAGUGACCGGCUGAAGCUGCUGGUGCUGUAUAGUGGAGAGGAUGAUGAACUGCUACAGCGGGCAGCUGCAGGGGGCCUGGCCAUGCUCACCUCCAUGCGGACCUCCCUGUGCAGCCGCAUCCCCCAAGUGACCACACACUGGCUGGAGAUCCUCCAGGCCCUGCUUCUGAGCCCCAACCAGGAGCUGCAGCACAGGGGGGCUGUGGUGGUGUUGAACAUGGUAGAGGCCUCGAGGGAGAUCGCCAGAACCCUAAUGGAGAGCGAGGUGCUGGAGAUCCUGUCGGUGCUGGCUAAGGGCGAGGAGGGCCCCGUCACAAGGGCUGCUGCCACCUGCCUGGGGAAAGCAGUGGAAUAUGGGCUUAUCCAGCCCAACCAAGGUGGAGAGUGAGGGGCUGCCCACUCCGCGGCUCACACACACAAUCCCAUCACGAAGGACAGAGCAGCUUUGGCUGAGAGUCUGGGAUGCUGAACACAGCAGCUCCUCCCCAGCAGACUGAUUCCUCUGUUCAGCCACACCACUGCUCUGCCAGCCCUGCCUCCAGCCUCACUUGGGGAGAGCACUGAUUUUCUGUACUUGCAAAAGUGGGGAAGGUGCAGACCUAGCCCAUUGUGGAUUCUGGGCCCCAAGAAGCACACCUUGUGGCCUCAGCACAUGUGAGCAUCUGUCACCGAGCCUGCUGCCAGCCCUCUGUAAUAAAGUGUUUGGGGCUCA